AUGUUCAGUCUUCCUGAAGCCGAUAACGUUGAUGGCAAGUCAGCACAGGAAGGCUCGGGUGAUGGCAGGCCCAUUUGCCUCUACGGUGACACUGCAGAUGACUUUCGGACAUUCCUCUCAAUUAUGUACGCACUGCCAUCCGAAUUGCAAAUGUACAACAGUCCCGAUGCAGACAUCUCCAAGCUUCUGAUCGUUGCAUCCAUCACAAACAAGUAUCAUUUCGUCUCGACAUCCUCGUGGGCCGUUUCGGCCGUCUACAGCGUCACGUCGGGCGCAUAUGGCUCGCCGACUGACCCCUUGGCUGAUCUCACUCGCGUAUCCUCCUCAGCUCUCACGCGCAUCCUCGAGGUCGCGAUUAGGUGUGGACACUCGCGCUUGGUCGAUUAUGUUGUGGAAUGCUGGUCGAACCGCAUAUUAAACCGAGGCCUGAAGCCGCGGAUUGCGAUACAUCUGGCCGAUCGGUGGGGCAUAGACUCCCUCAGAGGUGUGGCAUAUUAUGUGCAGCUCAUGCAAAUCGGCUCCGUUUUUGAGGCCAGGAUGAACGGGACCGCGAACGAGAGCUCUCAUUCUCCCAGUGGUGAUCACAGCGCGGAAGUAGGCAACACGUCUCCAUCUGGUGAAGAGUACGACGACAGUGAAGACGAUGAAGAAAGCCGCUUUCCGCUCACGCAAGCCCAGCUCACUCGCCUCCUCUCCGGAUUCUACUCUCUUGUGGCGCUCUGGGAUAAAGUCCGCGCAGCACCACCCAAAUUCGUGCGACCGGAGGGAUGCACAUUUCACAACCACGGAUGUUUAGCGGUCUUCCGGGACGAGUGGACGGCCGCGGCGCGCCACGAGCGCACGCAGCGAUACGGAUCUGCAGACAUUGUGGGGCGGUUGAGGUGCAUGGAGGAGCAGAUGCGCACGAAUACAGAGCUCGCGUGCCAGCUGAGCCCGAUGUGUAGGAAGGAGGCCCUAGCAGCAGUCAAGGCGCUGGUCAAGGAAGUACAGGAAGGUCUUGCAGCAAGAUUUGUGGAUUUGACGUCGCGUUUUCGCUGA